UCAGUCGCGCGCCAACCGCCGAGCAUCGCCGCUCGCCUCCUGCCGGCCGCCGUCGCAACUAUCUGUCGCCGCUGCCGCCGAGCCGAGCGCGCGAAACCCACUGCCAGGCAUGGUGGAGGCCCCGGGCAGCAGACUGCGGCUGGAGCUGGAAGGCUCGCCGCUGGAGCGCUGGAUCGCCGACAGCAACCGGCACCGAGUCCUGGAGGACGAAUACAUCCUGGGAGACGUCAUCGGCCGGGGCAGCUCGUCCACGGUGUACCGCUGCCUACACAAGGGCAAGACGGAGUGGGCGUGCAAGGUGUUCAGCAAGGCGCGGCUUAACAAGAAGAUGGUCCAGUCUGAGAUUGGAGCCUUGUUGAAACUGAAGCAUCCUAAUAUAAUCCAGCUGCGGGAGGUGUUCGAGACGGACUGCGAGAUCCAGCUGAUCCUGGAGCUGGUGACGGGCGGAGAGCUGUUCGAGCGCAUCGUGGAGCGAGGCCACUACAGCGAGCUGGACGCCGCCGCGGCCGUCAGGCAGCUGCUGGGAGCCCUCGAGUACGUGCACGCGCGCGGCGUGGUGCACCGCGACCUCAAGCCGGAGAACCUGCUGUUCGAGUCGGAGCAGGAGGACGCUCGCCUCAAGCUGGCCGACUUCGGCCUCAGCAAGGUGCUGAGCAAGGGCCGCCUCGCCAUGAGCACGCUGUGCGGCACCGUGGGCUACUGCGCUCCAGAGAUACUUCUGCACAAAAAAUAUGACUCUGCGGUAGACUUGUGGAGUCUUGGAGUCGUCAUGUACAUAAUGCUGUGCGGCUUCGAGCCGUUCUGGGACGACGCGGGCGAGGUGGCCAUGUGCCAGAGGGUGGUGGACGGCGACUUCAGCUUCCUGUCGCCGUGGUGGGACGACGUCUCCGCCAGCGCCAAGGACCUCAUCUCGCAGCUGCUGCAGGCGGAGCCGGGCCGGCGCCCCACGGCGACGCAGGCCCUGGCCCACCCCUGGGUGCGCGGCGAGACCCCCGCCAGCACGCACAUGGCCGCCGCCGUCAAGCGCCUGCGCGAGUUCAACGCCCGGAGGAAGUUCCGCGCGGCGACCCACGUGGUGCUGGCGACACAGAGGGCCAGGUACCUCAUCUCGCCCGAGCGGCGGUCGCAGGAGAACUCGCCCAGCCCGCCGGGCCAGUAGCGACCGCCACGUCUGCUACUUCCACCGCUCGCUACCGCGCUACCUGCUGCAUCACUCUUCAGCACGGGCGCGCGAGCCGAGCCAACGCAGCGCAGGAUGUCCACGAAAGAAUGGCGUAUAUCACAACAGUUUAAUUUAGACCAUUUCAAAACAAAUCAUACAUCAAAUUGAAACUAACUUAGUAUUUUUUUCUUACAAAUGUUCAUUUUGAAUACGUGCACCUUCAGUUAUACCCACACUUUGGUCACCACGUCCAGAGUAACGGACGCAGUAGCAUCUUGAAAUAAUUUUGGUAGCGGCGGAUGCGGACACAAUAUUUUAUAAAGCCACGUGGCUUUAUGCCAGGUGAACGUGGAGGCCAGCGAAAAAAUAUCUCUGUCGUCUCGACCAUUACGACCAAUCCAACGGUCAGCGACUUCGACGUUCAACCACUCUCGUACAGACAUUCCAAUGGGUAGGGCUGAAAUUAAAGAUGCACCCUUUAGCAAAUUGCAGAACACAAAACGCUUUACGCUCAGGAGUCGCCAUCUUGAGCAGGUGGCGCUGCAGGCGAGAAAACAACAAAGCAGUACUCGCGCAUGCGCUUAUAUGACACUGUUUGAGUUACUCUUUAACUGUGACCUUGAAGCAAAACUCUACAACGCUCACAGUUGAUACUAUUUAAAAUUUUAUAUCUGUGACAUUCUUUCAUGCACAUUCUGUGAUUGUUUAUUUGCAGUUUUCACAAACUAUUUCUUGACUUCUGAGAUGAGGACAAAUCCGUGGAAAUCGCCCGACGUUCCAGGCACACCUUCAAGAGCGUAAGGCUAACCACAAUCGAACAUCAUGUUGUUAAUCGUCUUUGAAGAUGGCUGCAAAAUGGCAUGCCGAAACGUCGGGAACUCUUUCAUUUCCACGGAUAUGGCCUCAAACCCGGAAGCCAAAUAUUAUUUUGAAAGUGGCCAAUAGAGACUACGAUAUAAUCUAGAGUUUUAUUAAAGCGACGAGUCUAAUACACCGUUAGAAAUAACAGUAAAUUUACUGAGUUUUUAACCUCAUAUAAACGAAACGUUUUACAUAAUUUCAAAUAACUGGAUCUUUGUAGAAACUAAACCGUAUAUCAACUUCAGAAUUAUGUGUUUUGAUGUAAACAAGACAAGCACAUGCGCGGAACAAAAAAAGAAGGUUUUUGCUGUAGACUCAACAAGUUUUUGAAUUUUUUUUAAAUGUAAUUAAAAUUACUAUUGUUGAUUCAUGUUUUAAAGUAAGUGAACUCAAACCCCGUAAACUUACAAAUAUCCCUGGAUAAAUUGUAAACUUAUUUGUUCGUAAAUUCAAGGUGAACAUUUCUAACAGUGUACUAAACUUGUAAACGGUUUGGGUAUAUUAAUGACUUGAAUAUGUGUGAAAAAUACAGCUACAUUCGUACUCUCCAUGUCUUUCACAAUUGUAGUUUACAAAUUUUGAUAACUUGAAAUAAAUGGGGCGGGUCCUUUCUGCUAUUGCUCGCCCCAGACCACAAUAUAACUUUAUACUAUUAGUAAUUAUAUUAAAUUUAGUAACUUUUCAAAGAAGAAUUGAACUCAAAAAAACGAAUAGUUUUUCGUAAAUUAAAAUAACUGAAUUUUUGUAGAAAUUACGCCAUUUUUCGUCUUCCCAGUUGUAUUUUAUAUUCUAAACAAAAAUAUACACACGCGUGGACCAUAGAAGUUUGUUAUUACCACUGUAAAGGACCAUGAUUUUUGAAUGUUUUGCGAUAUUUUAAGAACAUUCUUUUGGAUUAAUAUCCAAAGUAAGUGAACUCAGUGUCCGUACAUUUACAAAGAUCCCUGCAUAAAUUGUAAUACCAGCGUUAUUGUUAGUUAAAGGUAAUCAUUUUCAACAGUGCAGGUGAGCAUGAAGGUUUGCUUAUAGAACUAUACAAAUAAACGGCUUCAAACAAAGAUGCUUGCUUUAGUUAGAAAUUUCUAAACGUAAAGCAGAAUUUAUUUUAGGAUACUAUACUUUCUGCAUAUAAACUCUGGUGCACCAACCGCCACACGAUGAUACAAUCAAAUGCACUAAAGACUAAUACCGGACAGCUCCAAGAAAUCAAGAAAUUUGUGUGAAAACCUGUGUUGUCACGUCAGUCGGGAAGCCUACGAAACACUCGUCCUUCUGGACAUACCCGAAUACUCACGUUGGCAAGCCUUCUUUCAACAGACGAGAGAGCCAAACGCUCGAUCGUGCAUCUUCGGUUUUUUUUAUUCAUUGUAAAUAAAUAUACAACUCAUGAUAACUAAUGGUCAAUUAGGUUAGGUUAGCUACAUUAUAAAUACUUUAAAACAUUGUGGACGGUUGAUUUGGUUAGGAUAGCUACAUUAAAGAUGCUGUGAAAUCAUGUAAACGGUUUCCCCCAAAUAAAUACACGGUUGUGGUACGGAAAAAAAAAGCGAGCAUGAACUUCGGGGAACUUCGGGUUUGGUUCUCUCGUCUGUGAAAAGAAGGCUUGCCAACGUGAGUAUUCGGGUAUGACCAGAAGGACGAGUGAAUCGUAGGCUUCCCACGUCAGUCCGCUAGAUGGCAGAAGGUAUGCCCAGAAUGAUCUGUGUAUAUAUUUAAUACAUGUGGUACCAACGUUAUGACAGCAAAUAUAACUUUCUUUUUACUUGGAAAAACGUUUUUUUAUCAUUAUACAGAUUUAUGGGAGAUAUAAACCUCAAGUUAUUAAAGUAUUUAAUAGAAUUUAAUAAUGUUUGACACCAGAUACGAGUAUAUAUAAAUUUGCUGUUUAUCUAUAAAAUAUUGUUAGGUCUCACCUCUUGCCGCUAGGUUAUGUUUCACGGGAAGCCUAUAUUUCACAGAAGAGAGAGCCACACCCGAAGUUCCCCGAAGGUUAUGCUCUUUUUUUUUCGUUCGAUCUCAUUCUAUAAACCAAUGUGGCAUUAAAUUUUGCGUUCGAUUAGGAUAGGUUAGCUACAUUAUAAAUACUUUAAAACAUUGUGGAUGGUUGGUUAUAUUAGGUAAGUAAAGCUACAUUAAAAAUACUGUAAAAUCAUUUUAUGGUUGCUUAGCAAAUAACUUUUUAAUAUUUAGCUAUCCAGGGCUAGGAAACAGUUUACAUGAUUUCACAGUAUCUUUAAUGUAUCUAUCCUAACCAAAUCAACCGUCCACAAUGUUUUAAAGUAUUAAUAAUGUAGCUAACCUAACCUAAUUGACAAUUAGUUAUCAUGAGUUACAAUGAACAAAAAAAACCGAAGAUGCACGAUCGGGCGUUUGGCUCUCUCGUCUGUGAAAAGAAGGCUUCCCACAUAGCUUAUUGGUAUUAGUCUCUAGUGUGUGUGAUGUAACCACAACAAUGUGCCAACUACGUCAGCAGGGACGCGUUUAUUCGACUGAUCUGUAGGCAAAUAAGACAGUGAUCGUUGAGGCCAUAAAACAGCUUAAAUGCGCAGUAGGUUUGUGGGCUGGUAUCGCCAAAAAGAUUUUUAAUACGUUCCCCAGAACAGCACGUACAAGACAGGUGUGUGUGACUUAACAGACACCCGACGCUUCUGUGUAACUUUUCACAGACUUUACUGAAGUUCAUACUCACGGUAACAAUGUUGUACGGAGAACUAAAACACCCGUAGUUUUAUAUACUGGUCCAGGAGAUGGUUUGGAACAUAUCAGAUUUGUUGCUGGGAACGAACUGGGGAACUAGCCUGACAAAGAUUUAGUGGGAGUGUGCAGUGAGGGAAAAAGUUUAAAGUUUAGGUACAAUAUUACUGCUAAAAUAAUAAUUAACAAAUAAAAUAACAAAAAGGGUAUAUAUAUCCUGGAUAGUAUUUCACAGCUCACUCCAGAUAUUAGUACAUUUAUAUAAACGUAUUUUGGAGACAAGAACUAUUUUAAAGAAACACAAUAUUAUUAUUGAAUAUAAUUAUUUUGAUGAACAUGUAGAAAAAAUAAUGUUUUCAAGAAGACAUAUAUCUGUUGAGUUUCAAAGAAUUAUAUAAUGAGAAAUUCCUGACUUAAAUAAUUUAAAUAUUAUUUUAUUUAUAAGUUUGGUUCCUUGUUACGUAAUUACAUGACAUCGUUGAAAAAAAAGUUUUUUUUUUUCGAUGCUUUCGGCACAAAGUACCAAAACUUUGGACAUCAUGAGCUGGGAAACAUAUGCUGUAUGUUAUAGUUUUAACGAUUUUUUUAAAGGGACCACCUAGUUAGGGCCAUAUUUGCGUGAGAGGCGAAGUGAUAAGGUUGACUUUUCUUGACGUUUAACAUGGACGCUCAGCCUUAAUACUCGACAACGCAAACUUCCAGGCAAGUACACUUCUAAUUGCAACUACUGUUUAUGUAAUUAAUUUUGACUGUUAAAUACAUAUAUAACAUACACUGGUGUUCAACUGCUAUCAGUUAAAAAGAUAGCAUAAAAAAGACGGUACGUUGUCUCCGAGAAAAAGGUUUUCAAAUGAAACUAAUAAACAUAAUGAGCCAUCGUAUCGGACUUUUUAAGAGAACGUUGUACAUCAGUACACAUUACACUUGUUUAUUACAUUUCUGGAGGAAUUACGACGGAAAAAUUUUCAUUAAAAAUAAAAUAACUACACAUAUUCUUUGUAGACUUAUUUUUGAAGCCAUUGUACCAUAAUGACCUAUAGUGUGUAUACCAGAAUAAAGUACUCCCAAAAAAAGAGCUGUAACAUUAAUGUUUGUACAAUUAUUCUGUACAACUGCCAUUUUCAAGAGUUCCCAAAACGCACUGCUAUUGACAACUAGUAAGAAUAUACUGGCGGUAUCAAUAUAUGUAUCAUGGUCUUAUGAUUAAAAAUAAUCCCAGGAUAUUAAAUGAAACCACUAUUAUGGAAUAUCGUUACUAUAUAAUUAAGUAUUUGAGAUUAAUUAUUUGUGAAAAAAAUGUAUUUUGAGAUAUGUAUUACGCUUCAGUAUUUUUUUUUUCCAUAAGCGCAAUCUUUAAAAUUGGUGAUUUAAAUCUCUUAAGUACUUUUAACGGAUAAUUUAAAACGUAAAUAUAUAACAUCUAUUACCCCUCACUUGCAAAUGAAACCUGUCCAUGAUUCAUGGUAAAAAUGGGUUUUCUUGAUUGUACCUUUAUGCUACCAUAUUUUUAUAUAAAAGUUCAUUAUUUUGUAUGUUACUCUAUUGUGAGAAUGAAAUAUAAAGCUGAAAGAAUUAAAUACAGUGUACUUAGUUAAAUUCAGUAAAGAUGUUUGUAAUUUGAUAGAUUUUAAAAAUAUUUUUUCUACAUAGUAUAUAUCUUUUUUUAAAAGUACUGUAUAGUUUAAUGUAAAUGUGUUUGUAUGAUUACAAUUUUUGUAAAUAAAUAGUUUAUACUAGCAUUUAGUUCAAGGUUUGUACAAAGUCAUAAUAAAAUUAUUUUUUAUGUC